AUGGAGUUUCACUACGCCACAGAGAUGAACGGAAUCGUGCCCACGGUCACUAAGCUGAGCAAGUGCAUUGAGUCUAAACACAGCGAUUCGUAUAAAGAAGAGAAAGACUCAAAGGAAGCUGCAGAUUCGACCAAGUUGUUUUGCAUAGAGAAAGCUUAUAGCACCAUCCUAAACGAGCUUGGAGAGAACACCGAACGCGAGGGUCUUUUACGCACACCGUUACGCGCAGCCAAAGCCAUGCAGUUCUUCACAAAAGGCUACAAGGAGACGACCCAAGCGAUCUUGAACGAUGCAAUCUUUAAUGAAAACCACGAUGAGAUGGUGAUCGUCAAGGACAUCGAUUUGUUCUCUCUUUGUGAACAUCAUCUGGUGCCAUUCUUUGGAAAGGCUCACAUAGCAUACCUUCCAAACAAGAAAGUGGUUGGUCUGAGCAAGCUUGCCAGAAUUGUUGAAAUCUUCAGCAGGAGGCUCCAAGUUCAGGAGCGUCUAACCAAACAGAUAGCGGCAGCCAUCAGCGAGGCGUUGGAGCCUGCAGGAGUGGCAGUGGUGAUUGAAGCUGCUCACAUGUGCAUGGUGAUGAGAGGUGUGCAGAAGAUGAACGCCAAGACUGUAACAAGUGUCAUGCUGGGAACGUUCCAAAACGAUCACAAGACCCGGGAGGAGUUUCUUUCUCUGACACUGGGAAAAUGA